GCCGGAGUGGCGCGGGCGGCGAGAGUUGUCGUAUCGAAACCGAAAGUUGGGGGGCCUUUGUGGUUGGUGCGUCUCGUGGUGCGAUCCUCGGAGGAACUGCCGGAAUGUGUCUUCUCUACCUGUUCGUGAACCCGCAGCCGAAACCGGACGAAUACCUGCUCGUGCUCGCCAACGUGAGGGACGAGUUCUUCGGACGACCGACGAGUGGCUGCCAUGUGUGGGAACGGAAUCCGCAGCUGGUCGGACCCAUGGACUUGGAAGAAGGCAAGGCCGGAGGGACCUGGCUGGGUAUGAACGUGACCGGAAAGCUGGCUUCUCUGCUCAACAUCAUCCAGCCACUCGACGAGAUCACCGGAGACGAGAAGCUGCCCAGGGGUCACCUUGUUGUCAAAUACCUGGAGGGUCAGCACGACGGCGCAUCCUACCUCAGGGACUUGAGCAGAAGGGCAGAGGACUUCGACCGCUUCCUCCUCGUCACGCUGGACAUCAGACCGUCCAGGCAAGACAUUGAAGCGACUUGCUACACCAACGCCCUAGACGCGCCACCCGUGCCCUUACAACCCGGUUUCCACGCCUUCGGGAACAGCAACCCGCUGCGCCCCUGGCGGAAGGUGGUGGAGUCCCGGCGUCAGUUCAGCGACAUCGUCAGGCGGUUCGGCAAGACGAGCCGGAAACAGGCCCUGGUUGACGAACUGCUCGCCAUGAUGCGGAACAGCACAGAGUACUUCCCAGACGCGCAGCUCCUGAAGGACGCAGAAGGGCGGUCCGAAGAGUCGCUUCGAGGCCUCAGCUCCGUCUUCGUGAGGGUCGAGGACGAGUACUACGGAUCCAGGACGCACACCGUGAUCCUGGUGGACUCGAUGGGCAGCGUGGACUACGUGGAGCGCACCAUGCAGCAGCCCAUCGACCUGGACAGAGACGAGCCGUGGCUCACGACCGUGCACCGGUUCGGCAUUCAGGAGACCGGCUCCCUGGUGUCCCGGCUCUGAAGGCCUCCGCAAAGGGGAAGGAGACGCCUUCUGGACUGCCCAAGGACCGCCUCCUUGUGUCAUCUGGGUGGUGCGCGCCCGAGUCGCCCCUCCGGUUAUCAACCUGCUUCGUAUUUAUUCCAACACCAACGCGUGCCUUCCUGCGGGACAUGCAUCGACAUUGCAGACUUCUGGCUUUCUCAUCGCAAGAUUCAACGGACUCAUUUUGUGUAAUGAAACUUUUUUUUGCUUUUGUAUUUGUGUGUGUGUGUGUACCACUUCAGCUGCAGCCUCAACGAAGCGAGCACUAUAAAUAAAUAAAUUGCCACGUUACGUGCUGCUCCACGUGCUA